AAGCAGACACAGAAACUCCACCUCUGCACCAAAAAGAAGCAGAACUAGAAAAAAAAGCGCCAAAAUCAAAAAGAAAAGAAAAGAAUUACACUGAAAUUCUUUUCUUCCAAUCAGAGUUAUCACUUUACCCUACUCUCCACCCAAAGUAUCUCUCGUCUCUCUCGCUUUUUCGUUAAAGAAAAUGGACGACUUCAUAUAUAAGCUCCUCAUCAUCGAGACACUAACGAUUUUGAUUGAUUGGCUGCAAUGGCGAGUUCUAGCGGGACUAAGAUCGCCGGUGGCGGCGAUGGACUGCCGCCGCCGCGUUCUUUAUCUCGGAAAAUGACACGUGCGCAAACUAUGAUGGUGGAUUUUCAAGAUGAAGACGCUUCAGUUCUUGAUAGUGAACUUGUUCCCUCUUCUAUGUCUGAGAUUGUUCCGAUUCUUCGUGUUGCUAAUGAAGUUGAGAAAGAUAAUCGUCGCGUUGCUUAUCUUUGCCGGUUCCAUGCUCUUGAGAAGGCUCAUAAGACGGAUCCAACCUCCACUGGACGUGGAGUUCGUCAAUUUAAGACCUAUCUGUUACAUAAGCUUGAGAGGGAAGAACAUGAAACUCAACGGCAACUUGCAGGGAGUGAUCCCAGGGAAAUUCAGCUUUACUACCAGAAAUUCUAUGUGGACAACAUAAGAGAAGGCCAACAUGCGAAGAAACCGGAGGAGAUGGCUAAGCUCCUUCAAAUUGCAUCAGUAUUAUAUGAGGUCCUGAAAACGGUGGUACCUCGAGAAAAAAUUGAACCCGAGACAGAAAGGUUUGCUCGUGAUGUUGAGAGGUUAAGUGAGCAGCCUGUAUACUACAACAUUCUUCCAUUGUAUGCCUCAGGGAGAAAACCUGCAAUUAUGGAACUUCCCGAGAUCAAGGCAUCACUUCAUGCUCUGUCUAAUGUGGAUAAUCUUCCAAUGCCCAAAGUUAGCCAUACACAGGAUGCCUCUUAUGACUUGCCCAAAGGGAGAGCUAAACCAGUCGUUGACAUUCUUGAUUGGGUUUCUUCUGUUUUUGGCUUUCAGAGAGGAAAUGUGGCUAACCAGAGGGAGCACCUUAUAUUGCUACUAGCCAAUAUUGAUGCAAGGAGGAGGAAACAUGAAAAUUAUUUUGAGAUUGAUAGUGGCACCCUAGAGCAUUUGAUGGAUAAAAUAUUUAAGAACUAUCGUUCAUGGUGUAACUAUGUGCGUUGUAAAUCAAAUCUUAGGUUUCCUGCAGGUGCUGAUAGACAACAAUUACAACUUGUCUACAUUGGACUCUACCUUCUCAUAUGGGGUGAAGCUUCAAACAUACGAUUUAUGCCAGAAUGUAUUUGCUAUAUCUUUCAUAAUAUGGCAAAUGAGGUUUAUGGAAUAUUAUAUAGCAAUGUUCACCCUGUAAGUGGAGACAUAUAUGCGACGGCAGCACCUGAUGAUGAAACCUUUUUGAGGACUGUUAUAACUCCAAUUUACCAAGUUGUAUGGAAGGAAGCUAAGAGAAGCAAAGGAGGCACUAUAAGCCACUCAAGAUGGAGAAAUUACGAUGAUUUGAAUGAAUACUUCUGGUCUGACAAAUGCUUUAGACUGGGUUGGCCGAUGGACCUAAAGGGCGAUUUUUUUGUUCAUUCAGAUGAUACGCUACUUACAAAUGAGAGUUCUAACCAAGGUAUUAAUGGAAAGAGGAAGCCUAAAACAAAUUUUGUUGAAAUCCGCACUUUCUCGCACCUGUACAGAAGUUUUGACCGAAUGUGGAUAUUCUUUAUUGUGGCUUUCCAGGCCAUGUUAAUUGUUGCAUGGCAUGCAUCUGGAUCUAUUGCCAAUCUUUUUGAUGAGAAUGUUUUGAGAAGUGUAUCGAGCAUUUUUAUCACAUGGGCGCUCCUCAAUUUUCUCCAAGCUGCUCUUGACAUAGUUCUUAGUCUUAAUGCCUGGAGGAGUUUAAAAGCCACACAAAUAUUGAGAUACCUUCUGAAGUUUUCGGUAGCAGCUUUGUGGGCUGUAGUUCUCCCAAUUGGUUAUUCCAGUUCUGUGCAGAAUCCUACAGGCCUUGUAAAAUUAUUUAACGAUUGGGUUAAGGAUUGGCGGAGUUCGUCUUUUUACAAUUAUGCUGUUGCAAUUUAUUUGAUUCCUGGUCUCGUAUCUGCUCUACUGUUUGUUCUUCCACCUUUACGGAGAACAAUGGAGCGUUCAAACUGGCGGAUUCUCACUUUUAUUAUGUGGUGGUCUCAGCCAAAACUAUAUGUAGGAAGAGGCAUGCAUGAAGACAUGUUUUCGCUUUUAAAGUAUACUCUGUUUUGGAUCAUGUUGCUAAUAAGCAAGCUAGCAUUUAGCUACUAUGUGGAGAUACUACCUUUGGUUGGACCUACAAAGAUAAUUAUGGGUUUGCAUAUUGAUAAUUAUCAAUGGCACGAGUUCUUUCCAAAUGGUACCCAUAACAUUGGUGUUGUAAUUGCGAUAUGGGCUCCGAUUGUCCUGGUUUACUUUAUGGAUACACAAAUUUGGUAUGCUAUAUUUUCUACACUCUUUGGUGGGAUUCAUGGAGCCUUCAGUCAUCUGGGUGAGAUACGAACACUUGGGAUGUUGCGGUCUAGAUUUGAGGCUGUUCCUGCAGCUUUCAAUCGCCAUCUUGUGCCAUUAUCGGAUGAGGAAUCCAAAAGGAAACACCCGAAUGAGUCGAUUGACAAGAAAAAUAUUGCUAAUUUUUCUCGGGUGUGGAAUGAGUUCAUUGAUUCUAUGAGAGCAGAAGAUCUGAUCAGCAACCAUGAAAGAGACUUGUUACUAGUGCCAAUACCAUAUUCUACAAGUGAUGUCUCUGUUGUCCAGUGGCCUCCUUUCUUACUUGCCAGCAAGAUUCCAAUAGCAUUAGACAUGGCGAAAGAUAUCAGGCAGAAGGAAGAUGCGGAGUUGUAUAAGAAGAUGGAUGAGUACAUGUGUUUUGCAAUAACUGAGGCGUAUGAGACACUGAGGGACAUAAUUUAUGGCCUUCUGGAAGACGAUGCAGAUAAGAACAUUGUUAGACACAUUUGUUAUGAAGUGGACUUGAGCAUACAUCAGAACAAAUUUUUACAUGAAUUCAAGACGAGUGGCUUGCCUAUGCUUAGUGAAAAGUUGGAGAAGUUUCUAAAAGUCUUGCUAGGAGAUUACGAAGACGUGGAUGCAUACAAAUCUCAGAUAAUUAAUGUUCUUCAGGAUAUCAUUGAAAUAAUUGUUCAGGAUGUCAUGAUACAUGGUCACGAUGUCUUGGAAAGAGCUCAUCCUACAAAUGUGGAUGUUCAGAAUAGCAAGAAGGAGCAGAGGUUUGGAAAGAUAAAUAUUGACCUUACAAAAAACAAAUCUUGGAGGGAUAAGGUUGUUAGGCUUCAUUUGCUUUUGACUACAAAGGAAUCUGCCAUAAAUGUACCUUCUAAUUUGGAUGCUCGCCGCCGAAUCACUUUUUUUGCGAAUUCCUUAUUCAUGAACUUACCCCCCGCUCCAAAAGUCCGAGAUAUGCUUUCCUUCAGUGUUUUGACUCCUUACUAUAAUGAGCAAGUUCUUUAUUCUGAUGAGGAUCUUCGCCACGAAAAUGAAGAUGGUGUCUCAACUUUGUUCUAUCUUCAGACCAUCUAUCGUGAUGAAUGGAAAAAUUUUGAGGAACGAACACUCGCUUAUCCUGCAAAAGAAAAGGCAGAGGCAAUUCGUCAUUGGGUAUCCUAUAGGGGGCAGACACUUGCUAGAACAGUGAGGGGGAUGAUGUACUACAGGAAGGCUUUAGAACUUCAAUGGUCACUGGAAGUGACCGGAGACAAUGCAAGUAGGGAAUAUAAUGAGCCGGAUCAGAUUUCUCAUAAGGAUGAUCAUGCACAAGCUUUGGCAGACUUGAAGUUUACUUAUGUUGUUUCUUGUCAAAUUUAUGGGGCUCAAAAGAAAGCGACUGAUAGUAGAGAUCGGAGUUGUUACAGUAAUAUUCUUAAUCUCAUGUUAACGUAUCCAUCAUUGCGCGUUGCUUACAUUGAUGAAAGAGAGGAUACAGUUAAUGGAAAAUCUCAAAAGAUAUAUUACUCUGUUUUGGUCAAAGGAGGUGAUAAGUUGGAUGAGGAAAUAUACCGAAUCAAACUCCCAGGUCCUCCAGCUGUCAUUGGAGAAGGAAAACCUGAAAAUCAAAAUCACGCAAUUAUAUUUACUCGUGGAGAAGCCCUUCAGACGAUAGAUAUGAAUCAGGACAACUACUUUGAAGAAGCUUUCAAAAUGAGAAAUGUGUUGGAAGAAUUUCUAAUACCUCGGCGUGGGCCAAGAAAACCUACAAUUUUGGGUCUAAGAGAGCACAUCUUUACUGGAAGUGUUUCAUCACUUGCUUGGUUCAUGUCCAAUCAAGAGACCAGCUUUGUAACAAUCGGGCAACGUAUUUUGGCUAAUCCUCUGAGGGUCAGAUUCCAUUAUGGUCAUCCUGACAUAUUUGAUAGGCUCUUCCACAUAACAAGGGGUGGCAUAAGCAAAGCUUCAAAAAUAAUAAAUUUAAGUGAGGACAUAUUUGCAGGGUACAACUCAACUAUGCGUGGAGGAUACAUAACACAUCAUGAAUAUAUUCAAGUGGGUAAGGGGCGUGAUGUGGGAAUGAAUCAGAUAUCAGCUUUUGAAGCAAAAGUUGCAAAUGGAAAUGGAGAACAGACGCUUAGCCGUGAUAUUUAUCGGCUUGGACGUCGGUUUGACUUCUACAGGAUGCUGUCAUUCUAUUUUACAACAGUUGGGUUCUACUUUAGUAGCAUGAUGACUGUGCUGACAGUAUAUGCAUUCUUAUAUGGGCGUUUAUACAUGGUAAUGAGUGGGUUAGAAAGGGAGAUUCUUACGAACCCAAUCGUACGUCAGACCAAGGCUCUUGAAGAAGCCCUAGCAACUCAGGCUGUUUUUCAGUUGGGCUUCUUAUUGGUGCUGCCCAUGGUUAUGGAAACUGGCUUAGAGAAAGGAUUCCGUGCUGCUCUUGGUGAUUUCAUCAUUAUGCAGCUGCAGUUGGCUUCUGUAUUCUUCACAUUUCAGCUAGGAACAAAGGCACAUUAUUAUGGGAGAACAAUUUUACAUGGUGGUUCAAAAUAUCGAGCUACGGGUCGUGGUUUUGUUGUUUUCCAUAUGAAGUUUGCUGAGAACUACAGGACUUACUCGCGAAGCCACUUUGUAAAAGGAUUAGAGUUUUUUAUUCUAUUGGUCUUGUAUGAAGUCUUUGGUGAAUCAUAUCGCCGCUCCGAUCUUUAUUGGUUCAUCACAUUGUCCAUGUGGUUUUUGGUUGGAUCCUGGUUAUUUGCACCUUUCGUGUUCAACCCAUCUAGUUUUGACUGGCAAAAGACAGUAGAAGAUUGGGGAGAUUGGAAGAGGUGGAUGGGCAACCGUGGUGGUAUUGGGAUCCCUAAUGAGAAAAGCUGGGAAUCUUGGUGGGAUAAAGAACAAGAUCAUCUCAGACACACUAAUAUAAGAGGACGGGUGCUCGAAAUAAUCCUUGCAUUUCGUUUCUUUAUCUAUCAGUAUGGCAUUGUCUACCACCUUGAUAUAGCCCAGCGCAGCAGAAGUUUACUGGUUUACGGACUUUCUUGGGCAGUUAUGAUAACCGCUCUUCUAGUCUUAAAGAUGGUAUCAAUGGGAAGACGAAAAUUUGGUAUAGAUUUCCAGCUGAUGUUCAGGAUUCUCAAGGCACUUUUAUUCCUUGGUUUUCUGUCAGUCAUGACAGUCUUAUUCGUAGUUUGGGGACUCACAGUAACAGACUUGUUUGCUGCGUUUCUCGCCUUCAUGCCUACUGGGUGGGCCAUUCUUCUGAUCGGACAAGCUUGCAGGCCAUUAUUGAAGAAGAUAAAACUCUGGGAUUCGAUAAAGGAGCUUGGAAGAGCGUAUGAGUACAUGAUGGGAGUAUUGAUAUUCGCCCCGACAGCAAUUUUGUCAUGGUUUCCUUUUGUAUCAGAGUUCCAAACUCGUCUGCUAUUCAAUCAAGCAUUUAGCAGAGGCCUCCAGAUUUCUAUGAUUCUUGCUGGAAAGAAAGAUGGAUCUACCGCUAAAAAAGACUAGACAUCACACUAGAAUUUCAUCUUUAUGUCUUCUUGAUUUAAUUUAUUCUUGGUGUAGUUUUAAUAUAUAAAUUUUUUGCAUAUUUUUACCUAAUUUAAUCUAUUCCCAUUUUUCUUGUGAGGAAA